AUGAAGUGCAGCCGGAUCAAGACACCCGAUCAUUUGAAAUCACACGCCGAAUGGAGAGGAGAAAAUGGAGAAAGCGUUGAUAUUUUGAGCAUCUGUACAGGAAUUUUCUUAGUGGCUCAGAGUGAAAUUUUGAAAGAAUUGAGUGCUGGUGGACCAAGAGCUCUGAUUCCACGUUUGAAGGAGGAGUCUCCAGACACAAAAUGGGUCGAUGACAGGAGGUGGGUUGUAGAUGGUAAUAUUUGGAGUAGUGGUGGUAUUACCAAAAGACUAGAGAUGAUUGCUGCAUACAUCAGGCAAAAGUUUCCUGGUCCAGCAGCAGAGGUAGUAAUCGCAAUGGCAGAUAUCGGAGAGAAAGAUGUUUUCAUACCAAUGGAAAUACGAAGGAAACGCUUUGGUGGAUGUGGCAGAUUUUGA